GUUCACUGAUUUGAGUUCACAUCAAAGCUGGGUCAGCUGGCAGAAGGAGGGGAGUAGACAUACCCACGGGUACUGGGAGCAGUGUGAGGAUGGCACACCUGCUCCGGGGACAGGACACAGGCAGCACAGCUCAGCAGCUACGAAGCUGAUGGCAUUCUUGUGAACUUUAGAAAGAACCUGGAAGUCACACCUCUGGAGACAACAUGGCAAGACAGAUUGCCAGCUAAGUACUUAAACCAAAGUAAUUUUCUCCUACCCAUGUAUGAAAUUGUGAAACCCAAGGCAGCUGGGUGAAACAGACUGCAGGAUUAACUGCUGUUAGCCGCAGGGAAAGGAUGGUACCGAGGUCCAGGUCCCCAUUCAUGGUAAACGGGCUCUGGCUUUUCUAUGCUUCACAUGCUGAGGAUUAAUUGUGUCCUUCUCCAAAUAAGAGUGAAGGGAAUCGGUGGGGGCAGACACUGGAGAGAGGAUUUCUUCUGCCAGCCUGUUAAUAGAUCAGAUAAAACCGAUAUCUGGAGCAGGGCACGUUGCCUUGCUCCAGCUCCGCUCCCGGAGCUUUGGGGUGGGAAGCCCGGGGAAACUCACACCGACCGAGCGAUGCUGUGCAGGCGAGGGGGCGGCUGAUCGAAGACGAAAUCUCAGCGGUGUCACCGAAGACUUGGCCUUUUCCUCCAGCUCAAAACCCCGGGGGAGAAGGAGCCUCCCCCAGCGGAUCUCCGGCCAGGCACCCCAACUACAGCAAUAGCUGGGGGGCCUCCCCCCGACUCCAGCCUCCCUCCAGCCUCCCCAAAAGCUGCGGGUGCCCUGCGGGGAGGGGACACGGGCAGAAGGAGGGGGACACGGACACGGGGAGGGGACACGGGCAGAAGGGGGGGGACACGGGCAGCCCGCCCCCUGCCGCUAAGCCGCCCGCUGACCCGCUUGGUGCCGGGGCUGCCUCCGGGAGGCUCCUCCCCGCUCCUCGCAAAGUUUGGGGCCGGCUCUGCCGAGCCUCCCCCGGCCUCCCCCGGCUUCGCCCCGGGGCCGGGCAGCUCCGUGAGGCCGGCGGCUCCAUGAGCCCGGCUGCCGGGGCAGCGCCGCGGCGCCAUGGGGAACGGCAGCGCCCCGGGGAACGGCAGCGAGCCUCCGCCGCCGCCUCCGGGAGGCCACAACGUCGCCGCCCUGGUGCUGGGCAUCGUCCUCAUCCUCCUCAUCGUCGGCGGCAACGGGCUGGUGUGCCUCAGCGUCUGCACCGAGCGGGCGCUCAAGACCACCACCAACUACUUCAUCGUCAGCCUCGCCGUCGCCGACCUGCUGCUGGCCCUCCUCGUCCUGCCCCUCUUCGUGUACUCCGAGUUCCAGGGAGGCGUGUGGUCCCUCAGCACUGUGCUGUGCGAUGCCCUGAUGACCAUGGACGUGAUGCUGUGCACGGCCUCCAUCUUCAACCUCUGUGCUAUCAGCGUGGAUCGGUUUAUUGCUGUUUCAGUCCCACUGAACUACAACCGGCGACAAAUCGACUUGCGGCAGUUGAUCCUCAUCUCCACCACCUGGAUAUUUGCCUUUGCUGUGGCAUCCCCAGUCAUAUUUGGCCUCAACAACGUUCCAAACCGGGACCCCAGCUUGUGCCAGCUGGAGGAUGACAACUACAUUGUGUACUCCUCCAUCUGCUCCUUCUUCAUCCCUUGCCCCGUCAUGCUGGUGCUCUACUGCGCCAUGUUCCAGGGACUCAAGCGCUGGGAAGAGGCCAGGAAGGCCAAGCUACGGGGCGGCAUAUACGGGGGCAACAGAAAGCUCUAUCACCCCUCGCCCUUUAUCGAGAGGGAGCAGGCUGGACUGGAGCCAGACGACUGCAACCCUUACGCUCACUCUGACCACCCCCUGCCUGGGGACUAUGUGAUGAACAAUGGGGUGCAGACUGUCUCCUACCCGCACCUCCAGUACCCACCCCCAGGACACAGUCGGAAGCGGGCCAAGAUCAAUGGUCGGGAGCGGAAGGCCAUGCGGGUGCUGCCUGUCGUCGUCGGUGCUUUCCUCUUCUGCUGGACGCCUUUUUUUGUGGUCCACAUUACGAGGGCUCUCUGCAAGUCCUGCACCAUUCCCACUCAAGUCACCAGCACUGUCACUUGGCUGGGUUACGUCAACAGUGCCGUCAACCCCAUCAUUUAUACUGUUUUCAACGCCGAGUUCAGGAACUUCUUCCGCAAAGUCUUGCACCUGUUCUGCUGA